AUGUCGCUGCGAUUCGCAGACGAUCAAUCCGGGUGGUGGGAGUCCUGGCAAUGGAUGGAAGACGUCAGGGCGAUGCAUCGCCGUGUUGAUCCUGACUUAGCCAGCGCAUCCAUGUUGUCUGCUCCCUCCAUCAUCGAUGGAUGCCUUCUCAAUGAUGCGACAGCCUCAUCCAGCGGCAAAGCCAGGAGAGGAAAUGCCUCAUUAUGCAGAUCUCAAGGCACCGUUGUGCUUGCUGCAGGUGCUUUCAGAGCACAGCAAAUGCGUCAUAGGUGGUCGCCGGGGACGCAGCAUCUACCAUUCCGGAAACCGCCACGAAAAAUACCGGCGGACUUUGCAUCAAAUGGUCAACCUGGCCACCGGCUUCCAAAUAAGCGCUAG